AUGGUGUGGGAGGCCACGCUGCUCAGCUCUGACCCGGAAACACAAGUGGGGCUCACGGAGCGGGCAGAGGCAGCCGCCAGGGCCAAAGGUUUCCCGGCUGCCCGAAUAACAGUGGACUCUCGUACGCUGAACUUCAGCUCCAUUUAUAUGGUUUUCAUCAUUAUCAUAAUCACCACAACCACCCCCAGCAUCAUCAUCGUCGUCAUCACAACGCAGACGGACACUGUACCAAAGCAUCGCAAGCAGGAGUCGCUGCACCGCCCUUGGACCCCCUCGCAUCUGCGGGGUGACACAGGCUUCGGACACCUCCUGGCUAAAUACCUGGCCAGGGAUGGUUUUCUAGUCUUCGCCGGCUGCCUCGACGCUAAAGGCGAAGGCGCCCUGUCGCUCAAGAAGCAGUCGAACGUCAAGGUGCUACAGAUGGACGUCACGAAAGACGUCGAAAUCGACGGGGCGCACCGCGUGAUCAAAGAGGAGCUCGGAACUCGCAAGCUCUGGGCUGUGGUGUGCAACGCGGCCAUAAUGAACAGCGGCCUCGUCGAAUGGUUGACGAUGGCAAGCAUCACUCGCAUCUUUGACGUCAAUGUCUUCGGCGUGGUGAGGGUGGUGAAGAGGUUCCUACCCAUGCUCAAGGAGACCCACGGACGGGCAGUCAUCGUCACCAGCAAUCUUUCUCACUUCACACUGCCGUUUACUACGCCAUACGCGAUGAAACACGCGGUUCAGUCCUUGGUCGACGGUUUAAGAAGAGAGUGCCAUGGCAAGGGAGUCGACGUCGUAGCUGUUGAGCCCCUGACAUACAGGUCUAAAGUUACUGACGCCGUAGGCUGCCUCGCUGCCGUGGAGAAGGAAUUCAAGAGUCAGCCCGCCGAAGUUACGGCCGGCUUCAACGCCCAAGAACUGCACGACUGGACGCGCUCAGUCAAAGCGCUCUACGACUGGAGGAUCAAGGACGACAUCGAAGACCUGGUCGACCAAAUGGUCCUGGCCGUCAGGGAGACAGAUCCCAAGACUCGAUACCGGACAAUGGCCGUCUUCGACUACGCUUGGGUCACGUGCCUCAGGAUCCGGCCGGCCGAGGCGGUUGACAUUAUUUUACUAUGGUCGAGACGGCUGGCGCUGUGGAGGAAGAAGUGAGCGGGGAACAUUUCAUAUCUGCUCUAGCAGAUAUCACAGGAUGUCAUCUCUUGGUGGUGCUUGCGUCGGCAUGUUGAAUGGUCCUGGCGAACUGAGCGUU